UUACAAUGUAGAUAGCCAACUUUCUGUGAAAGUCACUUGCACCUAACGUCAAAGUAUGCAUGACUUGACACAAACGUCUAAGAAUGUAGUAUUUUAAGAACUAGAAUUCCUUGACCUUGUUGUCUUUCCAUGCCUUGUAAAGCACUGUACAUGUGUGUAAUGUCUUCGACCCCUAACGACCUGAAUCGUGUACGUCAGAUGUGACCAUUCAGUAGUUAAACAUCUUCAGAAGUGGACAGACUGGUACGUGCAAUUGUCCUCAAUUAGUGUCGUGCCAGGUGUAGCAUUGUACUGUCUCUAAGGUUCAUUUUGUAGAAAGGUCAGCACUGAACUAUUUUCAAGAUUAUCGCCCAUUUUAUAUGGAUCAGGUAGCCAUGUCGCCAAUCACUGUGUUGCCCCUUUAUUUACUUUUCAUUCCGAGCCUGUUGGAGUCGGUAGAAGCGCAGUGCCGUGGCUACAGGUGCUGUGAUAAAGGCGUUACUGACUGCUUCACAAAAACAGGCGAUGGCAAAUUAUGUUACUGCGAGCCUGACUGUACGUACAGGGAUGACUGCUGUCCGGAUUACAAGGAGACUUGUGUAUUACUGGAUCCGGAAGAGCAUUUUCCCGGCGACCGCUUCGUCAUGGACUGCCUGAAUGAAGCUACAAGGCGUGUGGACACGGUCAUUAACAGAAAUAAGGAGAUACACGAUGACCCAAACAGAGUAGUGACGCCGUUUGACUUCCUAAGCAUGUUCGGACAGAUGAGCCCUGGAGCACAGCGUGAAGCCCGGGCGGGGAAGAUUGCGGAGACUACCAUUCAGCUGGUGGGAGAGGAGGUCAAUGCUAGACGUAGCGUGACUAAGAUGAUCGAAGACCUUCCUGCAGUUAGCAGUCUAAUCUCCCCAGAGCAGCUCAACACCAUCGCCUCUCUCUCCGGCUGCGCACGCUCCGUGACCCGGGUCAACUGUUCCUCUGACUGCCUCUCCAGCAAGUACCGCACCAUCGACGGAACCUGCAAUAACAGGGAGAAUCCGCUGUGGGGCUCUUCACUCACGCCCUUUAAGCGUUUCCUGCCGCCGAUCUACGAGAAUCAGUGGAACGAGCCCGUGGGCUGGAACAAGUCUCGGGAGUAUAACGGAUUCACCCUGCCCAGUGUCCGCCAUGUUUCCAACAAGCUGAUGACCACAGCACAAAACGUGGACGAUCCUGACUACACCCACAUGCUGACACAGUGGGGACAGUUCCUGGACCACGAUACAGAUCUAACAGCAACCGCUGUGGGGCGUACCAUGUUCACACCCGGGAUGAACUCGACCUCGUGUGAAGAGACCUGUGAUAACAUCAUGCCGUGUUUCCCCAUCCCCAUUCCUGAUGACGACCCCCGCAUAGACAACGUUCUGGAGAAGGCCUGUAUGCCGUUCACCCGCUCCAGCGCCGUGUGCGGGACAGGAGAGACGUCCUCACUCUUCAACACCGCCAUCGCCCGCGAACAGAUCAACCAAGUCACCAGCUUCAUCGACGCCUCCAACGUCUACGGCUCGACACUCGACGUUGCACAGUCACUACGAGACUUGAGCACCAAUGACGGUCUGCUGCGGGUUCAGGAGGGAGCAGACAUCAGCUCAGGAAUGGACCUGCUGCCUUUCCAGGACGAGGAGGUGUCCUCCUGCAAUCAGGAUCCAAAUGGAGGGGACAUCGUUCCAUGCUUCCUUGCGGGCGACACUCGGAAUAAUGAGGUCAACACGCUGAUCGCAUCACACACCACCUGGGUCCGCGAGCACAACCGACUCGCCCGGGAGCUGAAGAGUAUCAAUCCGCACUGGGACGGAGAACAGAUCUACCAGGAGGCCCGUAAGAUCGUCGGCUCGGAGAUGCAGCACAUCACCUUCACCGAGUAUCUCCCCAAAAUCCUUGGUCAGAGAGGAAUGGACCAGAUGGGGGAACACACCGGUUACGACCCAAACGUGAACCCUUCGACCCGGAACGAGUUCGCGACUGCCGCCUUCAGGUUCGGCCACGCCGCCAUAAGCGGAACGGUCAGGCGUUUUGAUGAGAAUUACGAGGAGGACCCGGUAAUCGGGAAUGUCGCACUCCACGAUGCCUUCUUCUCGCCGUGGCGCAUCAUGCGAGAGAGCGGCAUAGACCCGGUGGUGAGGGGACUCAUCGGAGGAUCCGCCAAGCUGGUCACUCCUACAGACGUAAUGCACGAGGAGCUCUCCCAGAAACUCUUCGCGCUGAUGAACCAGAUAGCGCUGGAUCUGGCCUCUCUGAACACUCAGCGCGGCCGUGACCAUGGUCUUCCUUUCUACAACGACUGGAGAGUCUUCUGCAACCUUCCUCGGGCAGAAUCCUUUGACGACCUGUCUGGUGAGAUCUCCAACUCAGACGUACGUGGCAAACUGGCUGACGUAUAUGGUGACGUCAACAACAUUGACCUUUGGCCUGCGGCCUUGCUGGAGGAUCACGAGGAUGGCGCGAGAGUUGGGCCGACCUUCAGGUGCAUGAUGGCGGAGCAGUUCAAGGCACUCCGCGACGGGGACAGGUUCUGGUAUCAGAGUGAUGGUGUCUUCACGCCAGCACAGCGUGCCGAAAUCAGUCGAGUGACACUAGCGCGCGUCAUCUGUGACAACACCGGGAUCACGCGGCUGCCACGUGACGUGUUCCGUCUGACUGACGUGGCCGACAUGGUGGCGUGUGAGGACAUCCCCGGUAUCAACCUGCAGUUCUGGGAGGAAAUCCCUGCAGACGAGCCUUGCGGCGAACCAGCGGAAGUUGAGAACGCUCAUGUGCAGAAGUGCGGCGCCAAUUCCCCGGACAUUCACAUCUACACGUGCGACCCCGGGUACGCCAUGUCAGGGGCUGCCGAGAUCCGGUGCCUCGGGGGAGUGCCAGACAACCCACCGCCAGCAUGUUCAGAUGAAGACGGCUGUUCGCCAAACCCAUGUCACCCGAAAGCCACCUGCACGGACAACCCAGCCCCUGACGUCGGUGCCACCUGUGUCUGUGAGGAUGGUUACAUAGGAGACGGUUUAGCGGAUCCGGAUGGAACUGGAUGCAAAACUUGCCCCGAGCGGUACCCUAAACUACACCCUUCCGGGACCUUCGGCAUCUACCAGAACCAGUGCUUUUGGUAUUCCCCAAGGAAGCACAAAAGGCGGCUGACCUACGAGAAGGCCAAGCUGGAGUGCGAGUCGAAUAGGGGCACGUUGGCCAUGAUCAAAGACGACGAUAUGCAGACAUUUAUGUUAUCCCUACUGAAGAAAAAAAGGCAAAGGAAAUACUGGAUUGGCCUGGAUGACAUUUAUGAGGAGGAAAAGUUCAUGUGGAAUGACGGCACCAAGCUGGGAGGCUACAAUAAGUUCAAGUCUAACAGCCCUCACGAAAUCAGGGACUGUGUGUCGCUGUGGAGGACGAACAAGCUGAGCCGUUGGUACUGCGUGGACUGUGAGCUGAGGCUGCCUUACAUCUGUCAGCUGGGUGGUACUAAGAAGUAAGACACGGACAGUGACACCAAAGGCGCCGGGACAUCGUGAAAGAGUUCACAAGUUGAUUCAAGAUAUUUACGCACGUAAAAGGGUCACUAUGAUUAGCCACUGGCUACUCAUACGCUAUAGUGUACGUUGCAGGGUAAUUUUAUUUGUAAAUUUAGUCACUUAAAUCGUAUACUUUUAUGAUUUUAGAGGUAUCUUUAAUGGCGAUCAACUGUCGCGGGUUCCGACUACAUGGUACAUGCCAUGACAUUAGUUCUUAUGAAUUGAUAUUAUGGUUCUUAUAGAUAGAUAAGUUAACCAUAUUCUAACAAGAUGAUUAGGAAGCUAUGGAUUUUGAAAAGGACCAUUUAAAUAUUUUAUGAAUUAUAUACUUUUAUAUUUUACGCCGUUCCUUUAUUCGCUAUAAAUGUCCAUAUUUGUAGAUUAUGUUACUUUUAUGUUUGACUUCAAACACUUCAUGUGCCAGUCUAAUAAUUAUAUAUUAUGAUAUCAAAAUGAUAUUUCUACUUACGUAAAAAAAGGCAAAAUGAUGUUCAAGUUUGCACAAAAUCUAUGCAUGCUUGACCUUUUGUGCAAGAAGGCAGCACAUGUACAGUCAUCAUGGAAAAUUCUUUAACUUUCCGUACCGUUUCACCCAAGUGACUUUUACUUUUCUUGUGUCUUGUCUUGUACUUUUCUGAAAUGUCUAUUCUUCAGGACUUUUCAUUAAUGUUUACAACAUUUUGAUCGAUAUACCAUGCCAUUUUAUGAUAUUAUCAAUAGAUGUGUUAUAACUUAUGAUUUACAAGACGAAGGUUACGAUGUCAUGAUCUUCUGGCAUGUAUCUUGAUGUAGAUAACAGAUUCGUAGUCAUAGUAAAUUGCAUCAGGAUUAUAAUGCAAAUUUGCUGACAAGUUUUUUUAUAUCUUACCUGGACGUUUUAUACCCCUUUACCACUGUCUAGAUAUGCUGCAGGUUUCAGAACUAAGAUAGGAGUCAUUUCGAAUGUUGCAAAGACAUGCUUGCACAAAUUUAAAAGAAAAAUAUCAAUUUUCA